AUGUCGACUGAAGAGUGUGAAAAUCAUCUGAAAUGGGAGAAGACUGAAAAGUGUAGGCAAGUGUUGGAAGCAAUUGCUGCCAGUAUUGAGGAGCCUACACGUAGACGUAAGCCCCAAUGGACAAAGACUCAAGUCAUAAGUGGUGUCACUGUUUCCAAGAAGGCGGCUUCACAAGAUUAA